AUGCAAAAAGGGGAAACGUUGUUUUAUGCUUUUCUUCUUUUAAUCCCCAUCGUAGGCACGUGGAUAUACCUAAGAAUUGUGGAAAAAAAAAAAAAAAAAAAAAGGGACUCUUUAGGAGAGGAUGCCAUAGCAAGUGCACACAGGGGAGACCAAAAGAAGUGUCCUUCUGUGGCAGAUCAGCAUAAAAAUCUGUCAAGAAGAAAAAUCAGCAGCGUGGAGGACCCUGCGUCUUUUUGUUUUCAUCAACACGUCAACAGGUUGGGUGCUACUUUACAGGGCGAUGAAAUGGGAGCUGAGAGCAUCCAGUGUGUAGAGAAGGACGCCGCUUUAGGCGGGUAUGCGGAGAACAACGUGGGGGGUAAUUUACCCACUGGGGAGUCCAAUGCGAAACGGGAAUGGCUAGCCGAAGGGUGCGGUGAGGUUACCUCAGGGGAGAAGUGCCAGAUGGGUGUAUCCCCAAUAGGAGGUGCCCCAACGGGGGAGGGGUCCCUGGAGCGAAUUUGCCAGGACAGCGAAAGGGAGAAGCUCGACGCGGGAGGCGCAGCGGAGGGUGAAACGAGCCGCGCGAGGGGUAGCGAAAGCACCAUGGAAAGCCUCCCCGGCAUCAGUUAUGUGAAGGCGCAGACGGGGGAGCAAGCCAACGAUGGCGAUAGAGAAAAAAAGGGGGAGCCAGACGAAGCAAACUCAAACGAGGGGGAAGCAGACAAAGGAAGUGCGAACGAGGGGGAAGCAGGCGAAGUAAGUGCGGACGAGGGGGAAGCAGACGAAGGAAGUGCUAACGAGGGGGAGAAAAAACCUAACCGCUCCUUCGCGAAGCAGCCAAACAGCAGGACAAAGAGAGAGGAGCUGAAGGAACAGCCGGAUAAAGAAGACACGAAUGGCCAUGUGAGAAAUUACUACAGUGACAACUGUAUAGGUAAAGAGGAUUACCAGAAUUCCAGUUCGCACCUGAGCUCGUCGGUGGAGGAUGAGGACUCCGAGGAGAUGAGCUCCAACGAGGGCGACUCGGAUGAUGGGAGUGAGGGCUUUGCCGACGGGAGGAGUUCCUCCGUCCUCAGCGAGGACUACGACGAGGAGGAGGAGGAUGACGAAGAUGGCGAAGAGGAGGAUGACGAGGAUGGCGAAGAUGGCGAAGAGGAGGAUGACGAGGAUGGCGAAGAUGAUGAAGAUGGCAACUGCGUGGGUGGCCAGAACACAGAGGAGAUAAAGGGCCAGGGAAAUGAGUUCUUCAAAAAGGGAGACUACAGGCAGGCCAUCUUUUACUACAAUAAGGCCUUAAAAAAAUGCAAAGAGAAAGGUACCAAAUCUGUUUUAUAUUCCAAUCGGGCAGCUUGCUACUCUCAUUUAGGGAACUGGAAUCAGGUGGUCGAAGACUGCAAUAAGUCUCUCCACUAUAAUGAGAGUUUUGUGAAAUCUUACAUCCGUAGGAGCAAUGCAUAUGAACAGCUCGAAAAAUAUAAUGACGCGUCAAACGAUUUGAAUAAAGCCAUAUCUUUGGAUGCCUCCUUGCUGGCAAACUACGAAAUGAAGCAGAAAAAAUUAAAGUACCUCGCUGAACAGCAGUUAAAUAAGGAGAAGGAAGAAAUGGUGGGGAAAUUAAAAGACUUUGGCAAUUUGCUACUUGGGAAAGUGGGACUAUCCCUGGACAAUUUUGAGGUGCAAAAGAAUCCCAACAAUGAUGGCUCCUUUAACAUUCAAUUUAAGCAGAAUAAGUAG